AUGGUUUCACUACAGUCUAUAAAAAAGGAAUUCAAAGAUGAUUAUAUGCCACAUGGGCCAAAAGUAGAGAUGGAAGCUUAUACAGAAACCAAAGUCAAAGUCGAGUUAAAUGAUGACAAUGCUCCAGACUAUUGUGAAAAAAGUUUUACUGUCAAAAGCUAUUGUAUAAAACAUGAAAUGAUUCACACUGGAGAGAAACCAUUCAAAUGCCAGUACUGUGAAAAGCGUUUUACUUUCAAAAGUCUGUGUAAACAACAUUUAAUAGUUCACACUGGAGAAAAGCCAUUCAAAUGCCAGUUUUGUAAUAAGAGUUUUAGUCACAAAAGAACAUGUAUAAAACAUGAAAAGAUUCAUAGUGGAGAAAAACCAUUCAAAUGCCAGUACUGUGUAAAGAGUUUUACUUUCAAAAGUCAGUGUAAACAACAUGAAAUGGUUCACACUGGAGAAAAGCCAUUCAAAUGCCAGUUUUGUGAUAAGAGUUUUACUUGCAAAAGUCGGUGUAAACAACAUGAAAUGAUUCACACUGGAGAAAUGCCAUUCAAAUGCCAGUAUUGUGAUAAGAGUUUUAGUGUCAAAAGCGCACGUGUACGACAUGAAAAGACCCACACUGGAGAAAAACCAUUCAAAUGUCAGUAUUGUGAAAAGUGUUUUAAUGUUAAACAUAAGUGUACACAACAUGAAAUGAUUCACACUGGAGAAAAGCCAUUCAAAUGCCAGUAUUGUGAUAAGAGUUUUAGUGUCAAAAGAACAUGUAUAAAACAUGAAAUGAUUCACAGUAGAGAAAAACCAUUCAAAUGUCAGUAUUGUGAAAAAGGUUUUAUUGAAAAACAAUGUUGUAUAGAACAUGAAAAAACUCACACUGACCAAAAAUUAUUCAAAUGCCUGCAUUGUGAAAAAAGUUUUAGUGUCAAAAAUAAAUGUGAACAACAUAAAAUGAUUAACACUGGGGUUUCAUCUCUGCCUAUGAAAAAGGAACCUCAAGAAGAGGAUAAUCCGUAUACGACAAUGGUUUCACUACAGUCUAUAAAAAAGGAAUUCAAAGAUGAUUAUAUGCCACAUGGGCCAAAAGUAGAGAUGGAAGCUUAUACAGAAACCAAAGUCAAAGUCGAGUUAAAUGAUGACAAUGCUCCAGACGUGAGACCUGAGAUCUAUCCAGUAGCAAUGUUUAGAAAUGUGUUUGCAGACACUGAUCAGUGAUGAUUGAUGAAUGAUAAUAUAAUAAAAAAUAUACAUUGAGCACAUGAAGAAAGUUCUUUAUUUUAAUUAUUUGAUUGGGAAUUAUGUUUAAAGAUGUUUUGGAGACAGUUAUUUUAACUGAAAACUGGUGCAUGCAUUCAUGGAGACUACAUUAGUUAUAUUUACAUUAUAUUUAUGACUGAAACCAGAUCUGCCAGGACAUGCAUUCAUGGAAUAUUUCUGGAACUUGACUACCUUAAUUGCAUGUGGAUGGGUCAUUUACAGAGACUGUCUACAUACCAGGGUUGAUUGAUAAGUAGUGAGCCUCAUAUAGAAGGGGUACACAUUUUACAAGUAUUUUU